CGCAUCGCAACAGCAACAGCAAUAUCAAUAUCAAUAACAACAACGAUCCCUCACACACGCACCAUGGACCUCGUCGAAGCGGAUCUCACACCGGGACAGGACUGGAGAGAGUCUCUGAACGCAACCUGCAACCGCCUUUCCACCCAGUACAUCAACCUCCUGCGCGCCGCCUCGUCGGUCUCGGCUCUCGAAAAGGGCGGCGGCAGCGGGAGCAACAACGCCCACGAUCCAAGGGCCGGAACCGGAAAGAUGAUGUCCCUCCAGGACCCGCCCCCUCCGUCUCUGGCCGCCGAGAUUGCCUCGAGCUCCUUGCAGUGCCAGCUGGCGGCGGAAAACAUCUGCGUGGCCUCCUCCCAGCUGCUCUCCCUCAUCCGGACCCUGCGGCUCAGCAUUUUGAUGAUGGACGAGGAAGCCAUUGCGGCGGAAGAAGAGCUGCAGGUCUUGGAGGUGGARAAGAUCACGACCGAGGCACAGCACCAGGCGAACCAGCUGGAAAAGGAAUGGAUGCAGCUCCGGAAUUCGGAGUGAAUYGCAUUCGGAUAUACGCGUCGGGCCAACGAUAAAGCCAAASGAACGAG